AUUCUCCUGCCUGCGAACACACCCCCCAACCAAAGAAUCCCUCCUCCUCCCUCCCUCAAGAAUAGACACAAUGGUCAAGCGCAAGGAACUCAAAGACACUGAUGUGGACAUGGGGGGUACCGACCCCCGCGUGGAGAACGACUCCGACUCCGACGAGGACAUUGACAUGGUCAACGUCGACUUCGAAUGGUUCGACCCGGACCCGGAAGUCGACUUCCACGGCCUCAAGAACCUCCUCCGCCAACUCUUCGACAAUGACGCCCAAGACCUGGACAUGUCCGCCCUGACCGACCUGAUCCUCUCGCAAGCCUGGAUGGGCUCGACCAUCAAGACGGACGGCAAAGAAUCCGACCCCUAUGCUUUUCUGACCGUGCUGAACCUCCAAGAACAUAAGGACAAACCCAUCAUCAAAUCCCUCCUCACCUACCUCCAACAAAAAUCCGCCUCCAACCCUACCCUCAGCCCCCUUACCGCCCUCUUAACAGACAAAACCCCCAAACCCAUCGGCCUAAUCCUCACCGAACGCCUCAUCAACAUGCCCGCCGAGGUCGUCCCGCCCAUGUACACGAUGCUGCAGCAGGAGAUCGCGCACGCGGUCGCAGAUAACGAGCCUUUCGACUUCUCGCACUACCUGCUCCUCUCCAAGACGUACGAGGAGGUGCAGUCCAAGCUGGACAUGGAGGAGGCGCGGCCGCAGAAGAAGAAGAAGAAUUCCGGGGGCAGCAAAGCGGAGCGGUUUUUCUUUCACCCCGAGGAUGAGGUGCUGGAGAAGCAUGCUGUCUGCGCCGGUUCGUUUGAGUACUCCCGGAAGCAGGAUGAUGGGCACUCGGACUCGAAGCGCGCGUUCCAGGAGUUGGGGAUCCGGACGAAGGGGAGUUUGAUUCUCAUUGAGAAGGCGAGCUUGGAGGGGGCGGUAAAGGCGAUGGCGGAGUAUGUUGGGGCGGGGGGGCAAUAGGCUGGUUUGGUCUUUUUUUGGUUAAGUGGUUUUAUUGAUUAGGAGUCGGCUGAAUGAUAAUAGAUGUG